AUGAUCUCAAAAGUGGUCGAUCAAUGCGAUGUGCUCCCACAGUACCACUCAGAACCACGCAAGAUCAAGAUCAUCCACGUUGGUGCGGGUGCGUCGGGCCUGUUACUGGCGUACAAGGCGAAGAGGUGGCUGAGCAAUUAUGAGUUGAUCUGCUACGAGAAAAACCCUUCCAUCGGCGGCACUUGGUGGGAAAACAGGUACCCCGGUUGUGCAUGCGACAUCCCCGCCCACACCUACACCUAUUCCUUCGAGCCGUCGACCGAAUGGUCGGGCUUCUACUCGUAUUCGGACGAGAUCCAGACGUAUUUUGAGCGCUUUCACGACAAUCACAAGUUGGCCCCUUACAUUCGGCUCAACACGGAAGUCCUGAGUGCGACGUGGGACGAAGCCUCGGCGGAAUGGAUUGUCGAGCUGAAGAAGAGUGAUGACGGCAAAAUAUUCACGACCCGCUGCAACGUCUUGAUCAACGGCUCUGGUGUGGUGAACAAGUGGAAGUGGCCCGCGAUCGAAGGACUUUCGUCUUAUAAAGGCCAACUCUUGCACAGUGCCAACUGGGACACGUCGGCCACCUGGCAAGGGAAGAAGGUGGCUGUGUUAGGAACUGGAUCCAGCUCGGUCCAGAUGGUGCCUCAUUUGGCCAAAGGGGCCGAGAAUCUGACGGUCUUCGCACGCAACAUGACCUGGAUCGCGCCUCAGAUUGCCAGCGACGUACAGCAGAUCGACGUGGAUUCUCAGAAGCCCGCGGCGGCGGGCAAACACCACUACGUCGAGGCCGAGAAGCGGCGGUUCCGCGACGACCCGGAGUUCCAUCUGCGGUAUCGCAAACGACUCGAAUCCGCCCUCACCGAGAUGUUUCCCCUGUUCCUCCGCGGCACGAGCCUCAACCUCCAGGCGCGAGAGGGCAUGCGUGCCAGCAUGCUCGCCCGCAUCGGCCCCGGCCACGAAGAGCUCAAGCGGAAAUUCAUCCCCCAGUGGUCUCCUGGCUGCCGGAGACUGACUCCCGGGGAAGGCUACCUGGAGACUCUGGUGCAGGACCACGUGCGCGUCGUGCACGAGGAAAUCUCGCACUUCACCGAGACCGGCAUCGUCACGGCGAGCGGGGAGGAGAUGGCCUUCGACAUGGUCGCCUGCGCGACGGGCUUUGACAUCGCUUACGUCCCCCAUUUCCGCAUCACCGGCGUCGACGGCGCCGUCAUGCAGGAGGAAUGGAAGGAGACACCGAACAUUUACCUCAGUAUCACGGCGCCAAAGUUCCCCAAUUACUUUGUCGUCAAUGGGCCGACGGGGAACUGGGGACAAGGCUGUGCAUUGCCAUCGCACGAAGUUCAACUCGAGUACGCCCUGCAAUGCAUCCGCAAAAUGCAAGAGGAGCGCAUCCUUGCCAUGGAACCCCGCCAGGCCCCGACCACACAGAUCAACGCGCACAUCGAUGCCUGGCACAAGAAGUACAGCGUCUGGGCGGAAGAAUGCCGGUCCUGGUACAAAGACAACAAACCCCAGGGCCGGGUUUACGUGUGGCCCGGGUCGAUGUUGCAUCAUCUCAAGACCCUGCGCGUGCCGCGAUACGAGCACUACGACAUCCGGUACGCGGACCAAGGGAACGUGUGGGCGUUCCUGGGUAACGGGAGGACGGAUCUUGAGGUCGCAUUUGAGCAGGGCAGACAGGUCGAUCUGGCCCCUUAUAUUCGCAACGGGGAUACUGAGUGGUCGUUAGACUUGCCCCGGGACCUGCCCUUUAGGGUGGAAACGCAGGACGAUAAAUAG